AUGGCAGCCGAAAACCAGUGGGGCGUGACGCCGCCUAUUUCGACGCUCCUCCCGACCGAGGCCGAGAAGCGCGCAAACGACGCCUUGUUCGCAGAGCUCAAGGCGCAGAACACCUACGAGCAUGCGACUGAGACGCAGAAGAGGGAGGUAGUCCUCAAGUCGAUCCAGUCCAUCGCCGACGUCUUUGUGCAACGCGUCGCGCAGGAGCGACACUCCGAGAAUGCAGCCAUAGUGAAGUCUGCACGAGGCCGCGUCUUCACGUACGGAAGUUAUCGCCUGGGAGUCUUCGGUCCGGGCUCUGAUAUCGAUACCCUCGUCGUCGCACCCAAAUAUGUCACCCGAGAGGACUUCUUCAAACACUUCCCAGGCCUGCUCAACGAGAUGGCGCCCGCUGGGUCCAUCGAGGAUCUGACCGCCGUUACCGAUGCUUUCGUGCCCAUCAUCAAGUUUGAGUACUCUGGCAUCAGCAUAGAUCUAAUCUUCUCUAGAAUCGCUACCGUCACAGAGAUACCACCCCUCUCAACGCCCUGGGACUUGCUGGACAACAACCUGCUGCGCGGUCUCGACGAUGCUGAACUGCGGUCACUCAACGGUACACGAGUUACGGACGACAUACUGAAGCUGGUCCCCGAGAAGACUUCUUUCCGACUGGCACUGCGGGCGAUCAAGCUGUGGGCGCAGAAGCGCGCCAUCUACGCCAACAUCAUGGGCUUCCCUGGAGGCGUGGCGUGGGCGAUGCUGGUGGCCAGAGUCUGUCAGCUAUACCCGAAAGCAAACGGCGCUGUCUUGGUCAACAAGUUCUUUCACAUCAUGCAGCGCUGGCCGUGGCCUCAACCCGUUUUGCUGAAGAAGGUCGAGGAGGGCCCUCUGCAGGUCCGAGUGUGGAAUCCCCAGGUAUACAAGGGAGACUCUUAUCAUCUCAUGCCCAUCAUCACCCCGGCCUACCCGUCCAUGUGCUCGACCUUCAACAUCACACACUCAAGCAAGACGAUCAUACAGAAGGAGCUGGAAGACUUUGCCCAAGUUGUGGAUCAAAUCAUGGUUGGCAAACUGCCGUGGAAGUCGCUCUUCGUCAAACACACUUUCUUCACUCAGGAUUACAAGUAUUACAUCAUGGUCAACGCAGCCAGCACGACCAAGGAGAACAGCAAGAUUUGGGGUGGCUUCGUGGAGUCCAAGAUCCGUCUCCUUGUCCAAAACCUGGAGCGGCAUGCUUCUGUGGAGCUCGCGCGCCCCUUCAACAAGGGCUAUGAGCGCAAGCACAGGACCGUUCAUGGCAUGGAUGAGUGGAACGCCAUUCUGGACGGAAGUUUUGCUUACAUCGUGAAGGACGGUGAUGGCGCUGACGACAAGGUCAAGGCAGAGUCAGGUAAUGACGUAGCAAAAGGCGAGUCAACGUCACCGACCGAGAUCAAGAAAGAAGAAGGCGGAGACGGUGCCGAAGUCAAGGACGCCGAAGUCAAAGCAGAAGAAGAUGACCAGGAUGGCCCGAAAGAUGUUUUCACCUCGACGCACUACAUCGGCAUCAAGCUGCGUGAAGGAGCGAAACAACUCGAUCUGUCCUUCGAAGUCAAUGAUUUCAAGGGUAUCCUUUACGGCUGGGACAAGUGGGAAAGCGAGCUUCAACACUGCUGUGGCAUCAGCGUACAGCACGUCCGAAACUGCAACCUCCCCGACGACGUUUUUGAGCCCGGCGAGGUCAAGCCACUGAAACCUAAGAAGAAGUCGGCGCAAGCCCCGAACGGAGUCAAACGAAAGGCGCCCACUCAAGAAGCCAUAGAUUCAGCCAAACGACAACAGACUUCGACGGUCAGCGCUGGUUGA